AUGGUUCUGGCAUUGUUAUUUUGGCGAGGCGGGGCCAACAACGACCUGAAUGUGUUGGCGCAGUCGGGAUUAUUUGAUAGGGACAAUGAUUCCUUAGCCCCUCCUUGCAAUUUUAGCAUCAACGGUCACGAGUACGAUCAUGAAUACUAUUUGGUGGACGACAUCUACAAUGAAAUGCCAGGGGUGGUCCAUAGCUAUAAGAGACGCGAGAUUAUGCCGCUGGUCCAUAAGAAAUUUAAUGAAUACCACCACACAAAGAGGAAGGACGUGGAGCGUGCUUUUGCUGGUCUUAAAUCCAAAUGGGGUAUAAUUAGGAAUCCUUGUCUUUACUGGUCUCAUCGUGACGUUCAGACAAUUAUGAGAGUGUGUUUAAUAAUGCACAGCAUGUGUGUGGAACAUGGGUAUCGUGAUACGCAGUGGGCGAGGUACGAUGGAAGAGAAGAAACACCUCCAGUACAAGGUAACGUGAGGGAAGCGCGUAGGUAUUACCAAAGCCAUGCCCGCUGGAGAUUCUUACAAGCAGAUAUAACCGAGCACAUUUGGCAGCGUCAUUGUCUAGGAUUGCAAGACGGUGAAGUCGGCCCCGCUGAGGUGCAUGAUGGCCUCCCCACUUCCGACGAGGGUACUACCGAUGUGGUUGACAACGCAGAUGAAUACCCAGCUAAUGAUGAUAACUUUUAUGAGAAUGGAGAGUAG